AUGCACCGUCCUCUCCUCAUCGCCUCCCUUGCAGGGUCUGUUCUGGGCUUCGCCUUGCCAGAGCUUGAGGUUGACGAUGCCCCUCUCGAUAGCACCGUACACAGCACUAUUGAGGUGACCAAUGUCAUUACCAAGAGUGUCCCGUAUGAUGACGAUGAUGGAAUUCCUGCCACUACAUUACUCGCCCCGCAUGAUGACGACGCUGGCACUCCGGCCACUACAUUAACUGCCACCUCGACAACAGUCACUACCGCCACCACCACCGCCACCCAGACUGCAUAUGUCACAGCCACUCUUCCGGCUGCGGACGACGGCGACGAGGGCUCUCCGGAAGGCUCAUCUACUCCUGAAGAGCCUUCUCAAGCACCGAGUACUGCGCCAGCUCCAGCAAGCGAUGACCAGACUUCGACUUCCACCCUGGACGCGUCUGGCUGGCCGACAUUGCUGCCCGCAGUGCCCGGCAACCAGCCUUCGGAGGGCCUCGACAGCUUGACUCCGACAAACAGCUCCAAGUUGACCUUUACCCUGGACGGCAACUCGGAUCUCUCGACCAAACACCUAGUCGCCGAAAUGACGGCAAACCACACCACCCCGGCCGUCGUCCUGGAGCACUCGGCGCAAAUCGUAGACGUCAGCUGCGCCCCGCAGGGCCUGAAGGUUGAUCUAUCGACUGAGGAAGCUGUGGAUUUCGCCCGGUCCGCAUGGGACGAGAACUUCGUCGCCAUCACGUCGAGCGCAGACUGCGGCGGCACGCCGGCCAGCGGCCAGCACAGCUACUGGAAUGUGACGGCCGUAACCUACCCGGAUGCCACGCUCACGGCCCUCCUCGACGCCGUGGAAAUCGACGUCGCAGACUUUUUCGACCACGUCGACCUAGUCUGGGGCGCCAACGUGCCCCAGAGUACCACGCCCGGUGCUCCUUCACCGAGCCAGACGGACACUGGUACAUCACUGACGGACGACGAUGAUGAUGACGACGACGACAGCGAUGAUGAGGGAGGCGCCCUCGACUUUGACGAGGACUUCGCCGACGCGCUCCAUGACUUCGCCCCUGGGCUGUCUACUUACGCCGAGGAGGACUACGAGGACGAGGACAGCCCGGCCAACGGGACGGCUGGCGACCCGGACUACGACAUCUGGAACAGCGGCAUCAUCGACACCGAAGGCGCGCAGCCAUCCGACGAACCGAUCGAGAAGCGUCAGGAUUACCCGCUCCCAGCGCCAGCCCGGAAGCCCUACGACCCGCCGGAACCCAAGCCGGCACAGAAGGCCAAGAAUGCCCAAGAUUAUCCAAUCCCAGCGCCAGCCAAGAAGCCCUACGGUCCGCCGGAAGAACAGAAGAAGCAGAAGUCCCAGAACCCCGACGAUUAUCCAUUGCCGGAGCCGGCCAAUAAGCCCUACGGUCCACCGAGGCGACCGAAGGAACAAGUAGCCCAGGACGCCGUCGUUGCCAAAGAGGGCGCAAAGGUAACGGAAGAGGCGUACAGCAUCGCGCAGGAAAAUCUCCAGAAAGCCAGGGAAGCCGCUGAAGAAGCCCGGGCCAAUUACUACCACCGUCGAUUCGACUCCAGGCGCAAUCCAGCCGACUGGGGGAUGGCCUGGAAAUUAAGGACGGCCAAAGCCAAGCUUAGAACAGCGAACAAGGCAGCCAAACUGGCGUCAGACAUUGCACGGUCCGAAGCGGUUGCGAAGCGGGCGGCGAGGAGGAAGGCGGCGAGGCUGCUGUCUAUCGAGGAAGCUCAGGACGGCAAGGGUGGUGGCUCGAAGAACAAGGUUGGAAAGGCCAACCCGAUGGCCGUCGCCGAAAGGGUGGCUCAGAGCACCAUUUCCAAUCUUCAGGACGACGCGCAAGUCCGCCGAGACGCCCAGAAGACGGCACGAGGCCUCCGCGGGUAUAUCAGGUCGGCUUACAAGAAGUUGGUCAAGGUUGUCAGACAGGCCUCAGAGACGCUGUCCAAUAUCAAGCCGGAUUUCAGCAUCCAGGUUGACUAUUCGCUCGUGAGUAUGGUAAGGGUCCAGCAGGGGUUGGGGCUUGCACCUUUCCCCAAGGUGGAUGACGACAGUCCGUGGGGUUCGCAGGUGCUUCUCUAUGAGAACAAAACGGAAUACGAAAAAGGAAAUUCCAGCACGCUGUUCAAGUUCUACUGCGUCGACUGCGGCUUCACGGCGACAAUCUACGUCGAGGGCCACGUCAGCUUCAGCGUGAGCCAGAUGCAGAUGACCAAGGGUUCCAUUACCGUCGAGGGCAGCGAUCUGGCGGCGAAGCUCAUGAUCGGGCUGGACGCCUUUGCCCAGGCCACGCCGUGGUCACGACAGAGGAACGUCGCCGAAGUCGCCAUCCCUCCGGGCUUCUCCAUCCCCAAGGUCAUCACCCUGGGGCCCGCCGUGCGGUGGGACAUACGGGCAUCGCUAAAGCUCGAGGCUGAGGGCAACGUGCUGGCCGGCGUCGAGGGCACCUUCUCCAACUUCACGUCUACCGUCGACCUGGUCGACCGCAGUGCGCCCGUCUCUUUCGAGGGAUUCGUCCCUACGUGGACGACACGGUUCGAGGCCUUCGGGUCGAUCCGGGCCGGAGUGCGGCUUGGCUCCCCGUUCAGCAUCGGCGUCACCCUGCACCUCCCCUUGAUCCAAAAGGACGUGGGCCUCGUCAUUACGAGCGAGCCGUACCUCCAGGCCGUGGCGAGCUACGGCGACACCAAGAACUGCACCAGGGGAAUCGACUACAAGGUCAACGCCGGCAACGACAUCUACGUCGACGUGCUCAAGUACAAGACCAUCGAUAUACGACAGGACGAAGCGCCACCCAUUGUCUCAGGCUGUGUACCGAUCCCGUCCUCAAUCGCCAAAUACAUGCCCAAAGGGCUCGUCGAGCAAUUCACAGACCCCCAAGACAAGAAGCCCAGCCGCCCCCAACUCAACAGCAGCUCCGUCUACGCCACCGCCCGCAAAGCCGUCAAGGACGCCAAGGCCGCCGGCGACUUCUACUUCGACACGGUGACGGCGGGCGGCGGCGAGUGGUACCUCUUCGCCGGCGCAACCGGCGGCGUCGAGCUGGUGGCAGCACCCGAGGGAACAAACGCCAACAAGCCGGCGUACGCACAGCAGGCGUUCGCGCACAUGCACGACGUCGUCGUGGCUGACGCGCAGGACCGCCUGCUGCACUACGACCGCGACGCCGUCGAUAAGUGGGGCGUCUCGCCGCUCAGCUUCGUUGAUGAAAAGGACAUUGGUAGUGGUGAUAGGGCUAUCGCCCUGUUGCCUAUCCUGGUCGCCGGCGGCGAGACGAGAGACGAGGACGACUGGGUUUUUGAGCCGGAGGAUACGGAGGGGAACAGCUUUGGGACUAUCUCGUGUGCUGUCACCAUGAAUGACCCCUCGUCGUCGUCGUCGCCCGAGGAGGAGAUGACGGUGAAUAAGGUGUUUAUCGCCCAGAAUGUCGACAAGGCGAUCGAGACGCUGGAGAGAGGCGACGCGGCGAGUAAGCAGUUGGCGAAUGGCGAUGUCGAGGCUUGCGAGGGGAUUGCGAUUGAUGGGGUUGAGACUAACCAUGGGUAUGGUAUCUGA